AUGGACUACACGCAGCUGCCUCACUUGCUGGAUGCCAACUACUUGAAGUUUGAUACGGAAGCAAAGCUUCGGCCCACCACCAUCAAGCUUGGGCCUCUGUGGACCAAGCAGGAGCAGCCGGGGUUCCUGGGGGCGCUGGAGAAACGUCAGCUGGAUGCUGGGGCUCAGCGCACCGAGACGCAGCAGGCCUUCGACUUGCUGGACGCCUUGUCGCGCUCGGGCGCAAUGACCCUGGAUCAGACCUCCCUCCACGUGGUGCUCGCGGCGACCCACUGCUUCGACGAGACCGUGAUCGAUACCGCGGUGAAGCAGAACGACAACCCCAUCGAGAAGCUGGAGCGACGAUCGAUGCUGAUCGUGGCUUCCACCAUUCACCGGAAGGCCCCGUCCCUUCUCUUGCGGCCGCCCGAAGUGGAGCGGAUUCGCUACGCCCUAGGCUCGCUGUCCCCCGCUCUCUUCGAGCCCUCGGCGCAAAAGAAGCUGUUCUGA